CUCUCUCUCUGUCGCUCUCGCUCUCGCUGUCUAUUGGACAUCCAUGACCCUUAUGACCAUAUAUUCGCUAUGGUCCUGUGAUCAUAAGGUAAUUAUCGUAUACUCUGGUUGUUCUUCUUAUAUAAAACCAGGGCUUAUCCAUCGAUCAAAAAUGACCAAGGGGAAAAGCCUGAAAUAUCCCACCAGAAAUCUGUGAAAAACCAAUUUUGAGGUUUAUCUGGCGGUUUCGAAAUUCAUGAAACCACCGUUGAUGCUUCUCUUAUAAGCACUGGUCUCAUUUGUGGUUUUCCAAUACCACUUUCGCCAUGGAUGGGCUCACAAACUGUUACGUGGGUCGUUUUUUCAUUCCUUUGAAGCAACCUCGAAUUGGUUUUCGAAGCCCUAAAUUUGUGGCAAUGGCCUCUGAUGGUGGGUCGAAAUUUGAUCAUUGGGAUCGAAUGGAGAUGAAAUUUGGAAGGAUGAUGGGAGAAGACCCUAAACUAACCUUAGCUAAGAUAAUGGGGAGGAAAGAAAAUCCGGAUGCCUCUUAUCUUGAAAUUGAAGAAGCCUACUACCGUUCGAAAAAGAAAAUGGACAAAAAAAACAAAGGUAACUUAGAUAUGGAUGCAGCUGAUUUUGCUCAGUUUGAGGUUAGGGAAGCAGAGUCAUCUAAUAUGCCAGCUAAUUCGUCUCUCUCAAGCAAAAGCAUGAAUGUUGAUAAAAAAUUGAAUCUGAUGAGGCCAGUCAUGAAGAAAGGAAGUAAAUCUGUGGUGCCAUUAGUAAAGCCUGUUGCGGUUGAGAGACCAAGACUCCAGUCUAGUGAAAAGAUUGAUACCAAGUCUAGUGAAAAGAUUGACACCAAGGGUGAUACCUCAAAUGUUAUUUUGCGAAAGCCUUCCAUUCCACGAGCUGAUGACAUAGAAAUGAAGGAAUACUCUAGAGUACAUGCUAGGCCAAACUUAUCGCUUAAUAGGAGCAAGGAGGCUAGCCAGGAUUUCAGUAACAUUAUAUUGUUGAAGAAGCCUGAACCCUUGAAUUCCUCUGAUGCCUCAGAGGAGAAAGGAAUUCAUGAAAAUUCUUCUGGUGCAGUAGUAUUUGAUCGAGGUGUUGUUUCAGAUGAUGCCAAUUUGAAGGAUAUUAAGCUCUUGGAGCCAAUUGGUAAGGAAACUAUUGGAAUUGAUCCCAAUAUGAAAUCAAAUGCCCUGAAUAAUAAUCUCCAGAAUAAUUUGGAAGGUUCUUUAGGGGAGGAAAGAGUGAGUGAGCUUAAUAACAGUAUUGGAGGACCCAUAAAGAGUGUUGGUAACAACUCUACAGAAAUGGCAGAUCAAGAAAAUGGGCAUGGAGAAGGAAUGCACCCAAGUGCAUUGACUAUAGAUGAGCAAUCUAGCAAAGAAUUAACCAAUGUUGAAGGUUUGAAUGCGAGCACAGAGCAUCCGUUGAAUCUCAUGAAAGCUACCCUACAAGGGAAGCCCUCGAGGGUUAAAUCAGUUGAUUCAUCUAUAAAGGAACAAUCCCGUGCUCCCAGUGACAUAGAGACAAAGGAUUUAGAUGGUGAGAGGUAUAAUGAUGCUACAGAACAUAAGCAUUUUAUAUCAUCAGAAUCAGAGGCACAUAAAACCAGUGAUUGGGCGAGAGCAGAGAUGUUAGUCCAUACAGGAGAUAGAGUGGAGGUGGAAUUAAUCAACUGCAGCAGCAGAGGUUUUGUAGCAUCAUUCGGAUCUUUAAUUGGGUUUUUACCAUAUAAAAAACUUGGUACUAGAUGGAAAUUCUUGGCAUUUGAAUCAUGGUUGAAGAAGAGUGGUUUGGACCCAUCUUUAUUUAGGACAAAUCUGGGUGUUCUAGGUGUGUCAGAAUCACCAAAAUUUACUAAGCCAGAGGUUAGCCUUGAGCCAGAAAUGGAUAAAAGCAGUGAUGACAAAGUUACCCAAAAUUCUGCGCUAGAUGAUCUCCUCGACACUUAUGAUCAAGAGAAGACAAAAUUCCUGUCCUCCUUUGUUGGCCAGAGGAUCAAGGUGCAUGUGAUACUGGCUGACAGAAAAGCCCGAAGGUUACUGUUCUCAGGAAAGCCGAAAGAAACAGAUGAAAUGAUAGAAAAAAAGAGAACCCUCAUGGGGAAACUCAAUAUUGGGGAUGUUGUGAAAUGUCAUGUUACGAAGAUCACUUAUUUUGGUAUCUUUGUGGAGGUUGAAGGGGUACCGGCCCUAAUUCAUCAGUCAGAAGUUUCAUGGGAAGCAACCUUAGAUCCAUCUGCAUUUUACAAAGUUGGUCAGGAUUUGGAGGCCAAGGUUCUUCAGUUAGAUUUUUCUCUUGAGCGCAUCAGUUUAUCACUGAAACAAUUAACACCUGAUCCUCUCUUCGAGACCUUGGAAUCUGUAAUUGAUGGCCAAGGUUCAUUGAGCAGGACCCUUGAAGCAGUACAACUGGAUGAAGAGUGGUCUGAUGUGGAAGCACUCAUCAAAGAACUGCAACAAACUGAAGGUGUUCAAAGUGUCUCAAAAGGCCGUCUCUUUCUAAGUCCUGGCUUGGUGCCUACUUUUCAGGUAUAUAUGGGUUCGAUGUUUGACAACCACUACAAGUUACUUGCACGAUCUGGAAACAAAGUGCAAGAGGUGGUUGUGCAAGCAUCCUUGGACAAGGAGCAGAUGAAAUCUGCAAUCUUGAGAUGUACAUCAAGUGUGCAAUGAAAGCCUCUUUCUGUCUCUCUCUCUCUCUCGCUGUCUCUCACUCUCUGAAAUUAUAAUGUCGUUAAUUCUUCCUGUACAUUCCAACCAUUGUCUUCCUUGAACUUGCAGAGGCUAGAUAGAUCUUUUGGUGCCUGAUCUGUGAGCAGAGUUCGUACGUAUAUGUGAUUUCUCGUUGAUGGAAGGUACGCGAUGGAAAUUAGAAAUAGAUCUUGGUGAUGAGAAAAUUGUGCAUCGCUACCUCUGCUCGCGUGCAUGUGUGUGAGAGAGGCUUGUGCAUAUGAUUCUGGAAAGAGAGAACUUCUGGAGAGAGAGGGGCUUGUGCAUAUGCUUGAGAGAGAGUGUGAAAGAGAGAGAAAGAGAGGCUUUUGGAUGUGCUUGUGGAGAGAGGGAGAGGGUUAUGCAUGUUCUUGGAGUACAGAGUGUAAUAACUGUACAUUUACUUCUUUGGGUAAAAAUUCAAAUUUAAUAUC